AUGUUGUUUUCACUUGCGGUUUCAAACUCCUGGACGCUACGCCAGCUUGAUGUGCACAAUGCGUUUCUCAAUGGGAAUCUUGCAGAGACUGUGUAUAUGAAGCAACCGCCAGGCUAUGAAGACCCUCUACAUCCUGAUCAUGUAUGUCACCUUCAGCGCUCCCUGUAUGGCCUAAAACAGGCCCCGCGUGCUUGGUUUAAAAGACUACAUGACUUUUUAGUCUCGACGGGGUUCUCAUCAUCAAAGACUGACGUUUCACUGUUUUACUACACGUUGAAAUCCUCCAGAAUAUUCUUGCUCGUGUAUGUUGAUGACAUCAUCAUGCUAGGGAAUGAUGCCAGCUUAAUUAAUGAUCUGCUGCUGCGACUAUCCUCUGUUUUUAAGAUUAGGGACUUAGGAACUCCGAGUUUCUUUUUAGGGAUAGAGACGCUCACUGAUGGGACAGGUAUUCUCUUAUCUCAGAAACGAUACAUGGCUGAUAUUCUCCACCGUGCAGGCAUGUCCGAUUGCAAACCUCUAGCGACACCCGCUUCUGUCACUCAACCGGCCACUCCGUCACUCAAGCCAUAUGAAAAUCCCACUCAGUAUCGUCGUAUUGUCGGGGCUCUGCAGUAUCUGACCAUUACACGCCCAGAUCUUUCUUAUGCGGUCAACCGGCUGUGUCAGUUUAUGCACUCACCCACAGAUAAUCAUUGGGCUUUACUCAAGCGUGUUCUGAGAUAUGUUAAGGGUUCCCUGGAAUAUGGUUUACGUAUUGUGGCUUCUCCGAGUACUGAAAUUCAGGCAUACUCCGAUUCAGACUGGGCUGGCUGUCCUAUAGACCGUAAGUCAACCAGUGGAUACGCGGUUUUUCUAGGUUCCAACCUUGUGUCAUGGGUUUCUCGUAAACAACGAACAGUAGCCCGUUCCUCUACAGAAGCUGAGUAUAAGGGUUUGGCCGAUGUUUCUGCUGAAGUCACUUGGAUAGUAUCUCUCCUAGUUGAGUUGGGACUUCAUUCGGGUAAACCAGCUACGCUAUGGUGUGAUAAUCUUGGGGCCACCUACUUAGCGGCGAAUCCGGUGUUCCAUGCUCGUACAAAACAUGUUGAAAUUGACUACCAUUUUGUGCGUGACAAAGUCGCAACCGGUGAUCUAAUCGUCAACUUUGUGUCCACACGAGAUCAGGUCGCUGAUAUCUUCACCAAGCCAUUACCCGCGCAUCGAUUUCAGUUUCUACGUGACAAGCUCAAUGUUGCGGCUAUACAACCUUACGCUUGA